AUGCUUUCUUCAACCGAAACCGUUUUACCGCCUGCGACUCAGAGCGGCGGCGGCGGCCGCGGCCUGUACUUCGAUCCUCCCGCCUUUGACAGCUCAUCCUUGACCAUUAAUUCCACUGGUCGCAAGUCGCUACGAAGACACAAAAAUCUCCCGCACCCGAGAAACCAUAUUAGCAAGACGUUUAGCGCACACAACGCCGCCCAAGCUCCACAGGCCUUCUCUGAAUCCAAACUAUCGUGGUCCGAUUCCAGCUCCCAACUCUCAAGCCCGCCCUCGCAGUCUCGCCGAAGCGGUGUUCCUGAUCUGCCCCCCACGCCGCCAGCACUUCCGCGCACGUCAACCAGCAGCCAGUCGACGACGACCCAUUCUGUUCCGCCAUCCAGUCCGACUUGUGUCGCGACCCCAGUGCAGAGCGCAUCCACACUCUCGGCGGCGAGGAUACUACCGGGCACCCCACCAAACCAAAGAAGCCCACCUACCCCAGAUGUGACGCCACCCCACCAAGCACGUAGACCAAAGGCAUUUCGCCCGCUCCUACUCGCUGAUCGCGCAUUCUCGAAGGCAACCACUGCCGACUCGCGGACUGCAUCAUUCAAAACUGCUAGGGAAGAUCCAUACUCGUCAGACGAAGACAGAAAAUCCAUGUCACGACCUACUGCUGCUUCCAGACAAUCAUCGCAGAACACAGUCCGGCAACCUUCGGGAUCGCAAAAGAGCCAGGCUAGAAGCAUUGGCCUGGGACUAGGACUAGAAUCAGAUGAAAAUCUGACUCCGCGAACUAAGCAAGAAUUCUUCACCUUUGAUGGUGCGUGGGAUACUGGGUCAGCAUCGAAUAAUGAGGUCGAGUUGGAAUGGGACGACAAUCUUAUGAGGAAUGUGACCGUGCGGAAGCGGCGGCGCCAAACGAUCAUGAGCGGAGAACAUGCGUCGAGGGACAAAGGCGCCGAGGUCCUUGAGGACACGACCAUCACCCCAACCAACGCCACCAAGGCUCUCCGAUCCAUGCCUCUGCACGAAGGUUUGCGGGUGUGUUCUUCACCCGUAGGGACCUCUGAUCGCGGACACCGCUGGAAUUCCGCCGCCACGGUAGAAUCUCCCAACCUCAGUGACGUCAGAAGAUUUUCCGGCGUGUCUACCAGGUCAACAAUGUCUACAGUCGUGGAAGCUAUCUUGGUUGAGACGCCUCAUCAAAGGCCUAGAACUUUGCGCCAUGUUAAGAAACACCUGGCUUUACGGGAGUCGAGGUUCGGAUCUUCACCUACAAGCUCUACAACAAACUCUGCAGGCAUAAGCGAGGCAGGCCUGAGGCGCAGGCCUCGUGCGGGAGUCGAGAGUGGCCGGACCGAUAGCUAUGCAUCAUCAGCAACGGUCAAUUCCCUGGCUAGUCGCAAGGCUCGACGCGAUGUCUGGAAGACGGGCGCGAUUCCCGUGGUUGUCAUCCCCAAUCGAAAGACAUCAAUGAAAUCCGCAGGCACUCCAUCGCUGAGAUCUACAAGUAGUCGAAGGUCUCAGAGAAGCAACAGUCUGAGCCCGGUGCCCACGUCGAAGCAACCCAGAGAGAAACAGACGCCGCCUCGUGUUGACCGUGGACCCCAGCGCGGACGGGCGAGAUCCACUUCAGCAUCUGACGCAUCACUUUCUGGCGACCAGCGAACCGCAGACUAUCCUCCAAUUGUACCCCUUCGAACGUCAUCUCUCUCUGCCCCAACAAGUCGCAAUAAUUCUAGAAACAACUCCCGCGCCAACUCGCUUACCGGCUCGCACCCGGGAUCGCUGACUGCGGAAAGCUUGAAGCUCCAUAAUGCCUUGCAAGCAGCACAAGACCAGCAAACGAAGGACCAGCCUCCACCCCCAGUAGCUGUGGAACACGCACCAGAUGUCCCGGAAGUUGAAUACAUCCCCGCUGAGAACGAUCAUCCAGACCCAAACAGGCUGCAACCAACCACUUCCGCGGAGUUACACAAGGAUAAGGACACGCAUGACCACAAAUUAUUGGUUGAUCAUAAUGGCGAUCCUUUCUUUGGCAAACGGCUUACAACCCACAAUACACCAUUCUCCAUUGCUUCGAUUGAAACAGCCGGUACACAUCAUUCUGCUGCUGAGGUUUCGGAAGCUCUGGCGGUGAACAUCUACCCGCACAAGAACCAAUCCCUGCUUGUGGUCAACCACCUGUCCAAAGCGUUUGAAGCAAACGAACCGCAGGAAGAGAAGCAUAAUGGUACAGAUGCAAUUGAAAAGAAACCUGUAACCGCACCUGAGGGACCUAGUAUCACCACAACUGGUCCUAAUGGUGAACCUGUCACACCUCCCCAACCCGACUUCUCCCUGAAUGACGUGGAUUCUCCGCUUAGAAAUCCACGAGCACCUCCCGAGCCUCCUGCAAUCAAAUUGACACCGGCUACACCUUCUGGUCUUACUCCAGCAGCCGACAAGAUGAAGAUGAUGGGCAACUAUUUUGAGAGCACCAAUGUCGAGAGAAAGCCCUCGCUCGUUAGACGGGCUUUCAGCCUGCGCAAGAACUCAGACACUGGCAUCCUCCGACAAAAGAUUCUGUCACGAACCCUGUCGCUCACCAGAAAUGUUCGCAAGGAGACGGCUGAAAAUCCGGCCAUGGAGCAUGGGGCAGAUGCGAUUCGACACCAGUAUCCAACGAUUGAGGAUCCACCGGCUGAGGAGGAGAAACUCCAUCCGUUCUGGCGCCCAGCAUCUCUGCAACUUCAUUUUGAUCCCGAGCAAGAAGACUGGGUCCACGACAUUCCUGGUCAGGAUGACGAAGGGUAUCGCUAUCCUGCGCCAGACUCACCUCGACCGCCACCACCUCGGCGCUCCUUGUCUGCACGUAUGAAGCAUACCUUUGCCAUUUUGCCAAUUACUAGUGACGACCACUAUACUUCGUCCGAUGACCGUGGUCCAGAACGACGCACGAUCCAGCGGACUACAAGCGGUAAUCUGCGCGUCACGCGCCAACGGGACACCACCACGACGGGCCAAGACCAGUCACCUUCCCAGCGGCGCCGUCGUCACACAGACGCGGGGCAAGACCAAGAACGACCUUCAACGGCCCCGACUGCUCGCCACGGACAUCGCGCCUGGGGUGAAGAGAAGCGUGUUGAUGCAAAUGGGCACCGCUUCUUCCCAGGGUGGCAGGAUAAGAUAGGACAGAUUGGCAUCCAGGGUCUCCAACGCCGCUUCAGUGAAAAGCGGAGGCUCAAACGUAGCGAGGAGCUCAGGCAGAAGAUCAGCGGCCCACGCGAAGUCAGAGAUGACCUGGGUGAGGUCAUCAAACGGCACAGCUACAAGGGUCCAAGCUACCAGACUGGAUAUGUCCGUUCUUCCAACCGAGUUGAAGAUGACGGCACUGCACGAGCACCAAGGGUCCAAGUCCAGGUCUAG